CGACAACCAGGUGAACCGGUCCUCGCGCCGCGCCACUUUCUCCUCCUCCUCGGGGAGACGAGAAAAACGGAGCAACUGCGUCCCCGGUAGUCGCGCUACGGAGACCGUCGACAGCUGCGACCCCGCGACAAUGAUCAGCCCAAUCGUGGUCUUCGUGGCCCUCGUGUCAUACGCCGGCGCCCAGCAGUACCUGGUGGAACCGCGGCACUGCCCUGACCCGGGCUUGCUGGCCUGGCCGCACCCGACAGAUUGCGACCGCUACACCCGUUGCGAGAAUGGCACCGUCACCGAGGAAGUCUGCCCAAACGGGCUCCUCUUCGACCCCAAUGGAGGCAUCUACGACUUCUGCAACUACAACUGGCGCAUAGACUGCGGCAACCGCAUCAACAAGCCGGGUCCCAUUCCUUCGCCUGACUGCCCGUGGCAGUUUGGAAUCUUUCCCAGUGGCAGUUGUCUGCAGUACUUCAAGUGCGAAUUCGGGCUUGCCAACUUGACCAACUGUGAACCGGGACUGGCAUAUGACGACGUAACACACUCCUGCAACUGGCCGGACCUAGUCGACGGCUGUGACUCUGAAGCGAUCGUGGGAUUCCGGUGCCCCGACAAAGUGACGGGCCCUGGUGCGAAGUUCUACCCGUAUCCACGCUACCCUCACCCGGCCGACUGCACGCGCCUGAUCACCUGUGUCAACGACAAGCCGCGCCUCAUCAGCUGCGGAUACGGCCAGGCUUUUAGUCACUACAGCUACACUUGCGAAGACGCCGCCAACGUGCCCGACUGCCCCCUGGUCCGCUUUCAGAAGAAGUGAUAUCUUCCUUAGAAAGAACGGCUCCACCUGUGGUAUAACCGACGCUUCGUUAAAAGGAGGACCACAGCACGCGUCGUCCAUUUCUUAUUGUGCAAAAUUCUCAAGCGUUCCUGCAUUGAACGCAAAAAAUUUCAUGGAUUACAGUAAAUACGCACAAAUUCUGAAGACAAUCGCACAUUAUUGUUUACCAAGUUUAAUAAACACGAGUUUAAUCUGUUAUUUCGAUUAACACAAUUGGUUAAGACAACGUUAUGUUAUUUCCAUAUUGCCGCACUUUAUUGCCAAUAAAAACCUGUUUGUUGCCCAUCAUGGGCUGACCACAAUCAGUUUAACGACAUCUAAA